GCGGGGUAGAGCUACUCUGAACGCAGAAACUAUCACCUAUGACAUCAAUGCUGACCUGGGGCAGCCAUCCGGUUAUCUUUUGCAUAGCUCGAGAACACGAAGAUUGGCAUCUUUAAAGAGUGUCAUCCGUUGAAAGCCAUAUUCUGACAUCCCCCAGGGAGCUUCGUGACUAUGACUUCGUCGCAGCCCUCUUCAUACAAGCAAGGCUACCACCACGCUGUCACUGCGAACCACAAGAUCCGCACCGCCGAGCUUGAUGGCGCUUUCCUCCUUCCUUACCUUAAGCCACACUUUCAUAUCCUCGACGUAGGCUGUGGGCCCGGCAGUAUCACCACGAGUUUCGCAAAAUAUGUGCUAGAGGGCUCAGUCAUAGGCGUCGACCUCUCGGACGAGAUUAUUGAUCAGGCCAAGGAGCAUUUGAACAGCCAUGAUCCCAGGCCAAGUAACGUCAAGUUCGAGGUGGGAAACGUGGUGGAAGGCUUGCAGCAGUUCCAAGACGGAACGUUCGACGUAGUCUUCUGCAACCAAACGCUACUUCACAUUCCCGAGCCGGUCAAGGCAUUGAAAGAAAUGAGGCGCGUGUGUAAGAAAGGUGGCCUUGUAGCAUGUCGCGAGGGGAUCUGGCCGUUUCGCUACUAUCCAGAGCUACCUGGGUUCGCAGUUUUCCUAAAGUUCUUCUGGCUGUUCAUCCAUGGGCCACCUACCAACUCAUCGCCAUCUUCAUCAUCUGCCCCAGCGGCAUGGUCAGACACGAUUUUAGGCAGUGGUCCCUAUCCGUCCAACCACCGCUCUGGCUCAUACGUCCACGUGUGGGCGCGACAGGCCGGCUUCGACCCGGCAAAGAUCAAGAAGGGUGCUGGUGUGCAUACGUUAGCUACACCAGAGGAGAGAAAAUUCCUGGCUGGUGUCAUGGUGGGUAGGAUUGAGCAGGCGGGGCAUAGGGAAAAGUUCCUAGAUCUUGGGGCGACUAAGGAGGAGGUUGAUGAGAUGGUUAGGGCGUGGAGGGAGUGGGAGGAGGAUGUGGACGGGUGGGUUGCGAAUGUGAACUCCGAGGUGGUUUGUUGGAACUGAUCCAGAUGCGUCGAGAGGGGCGCUAGAAUUUUAUAGUGGGUUGACAGCGGGAGAGGUAUACCUAUGUGGGACUCGAUUUCCUCUGUGGAUGAAUGCGAUCUAGCUAUCUUUUACUAAGCUUGUGCUAGCCGUGGUUGAUUCCGUUGUAAUUUUGUAUCUCUCUCGAACGAAUGAAAGUACACCGGCGUA